CGGCGCACUUCAAACAAGAAAGAGAAGAGAUUCUAGCAAAGAGAGAGAGACAGGGAACUUCGUUAUGGCUCGUAUUUUUGCAACAAUCAAACGAUUAUCCAGGUUUAGUACGACAACAUUUUCCAAUGGGAUAUUCCAACCAAGACAACAAACCAGAAAUUUCCAUGCCUUCUUCCGAGAGAGUGUCCCAAGAAAUGUGCAAAACUCAGCAAUUACACAACGGAACUGGUUAAACUCUGCGAUAAACGAAGGAGGAAGUGAUGAUCCAGAGAUAAUUAAGGAUCAUCUUGUCGAACAAGAGCAAGACACUAUCAGCUCUGAAAAUGGUACCACCUGGACAGUGUCAUGUUAUGUGGAAGGGCCUAAAUUAACAGGGGUCCUGCAAGUUGAAUUCAGUAGGGUCAACAAAGACUGGGUGCCUGUGUCUAUCCAUUUAGAGACAGUACAGAAGACAGGUGAUGUGAUCUGUAAUGUAUCGGGACCUUUACCAAAUGGUGUAACACGCUUUACAAGGCUUUCCAAUGAUUGAAGGAUAUACUGUACCGAGGGUACCCUAAUACUCGAUGACACUUAGUUGUGAGCAAAGCAAACAAGCCCCUGGCAUCAUCUGUAAGCUUUUGUUGUGUCAACAUACAGCUCUGCGUUUCGGCAGAACAUGUGCUUUCAAAAUUAUCAAAACAUAUGUUACCUCGGCCAAUCCAAAAUCUGUGUCUUGUUUAUAGUGCAUAGUUUGGGUGUGACUGUCUAAACCAAUUGAUGGCUUUCAUGUUUCACUACCAUUUGAUUGCAAACUUGCUAUUCCUAUUCCUUGGCUAUAAACAAUUCUCAUGGCAGUGCUAUAAAAAAAAAGGAAAACUUUCAGAAUAUACAGGGUUUAAAGGUUCUUUAACAAAUUAUGUACCUUGAAUGUUUAUGAACCUUGCUGAUUCUUCUUUGGGUCAGUUUUGUCAUAGUACAGUUUUCUGUGUUCACAUGGAACAGGCCCACUUUGGGAUGAAUAAAAAAACAUUGCCAGGCAAAGACCAUCAGUCAAUAAUAAGAAUUUGGUAGAAGAACACUUUUGCUGCAGCUGAUGGCAUAUACUUUCCUAUAAAGGAAGCAGAAAACAUCAUUUAUACUAAGCCAAUAAGCUUCUGGUUUGAAAAAAAACCUAGAUAAAUAGAAUAGAUGUCAAAAAUUGACUUUGCUAUGUUGACUUUGGUACUAUUAAAAGUUUUAAAGUGAAAUCUAUGUUUACACAUUUUAUACAACUACCCUAAUAAUUAUUAACAUUUUUUUCUCUAACCCAACUCAUAAUAAAGAUGUAUAUGAUAUGAUAUUGUUGAUAUAAGGUUGCAUUCUAAAAAUCUUAUCAUGGUUUCUUCCUCAUAAUUUGGAGUACUUUUAUUUACACAGUAGUGUGCAGCUCAUGCUAGUCUUGCCUCCUUUACAGUUCUGUGAAGUAAGCCAGUAUGGAUGAAAGAAAAGAGACAUAUUACUGACAUCAACGUAACUGUAACAAUUGAAUUCUAGUUAAUAAAAUUAAAUCCAACAGUAAUAAAGCUUGUGAGAAUCAAA